CGGGUUCCUGGGGGUGCGGCUCUCACUGCAGCUGUGCCUGCUCCAUGAGCUUCUCCCCACUUUGGGCUCUCUCCCAGCGAGGCCGGGGAGGCGGCAGGCAGGCUCCUUCAGAUCCUCACCCGCUACCUGAGGAUAGCUCCCAGUGAGAGGGAAGAAGGAGAUCCUGAGCUGUUUGGGGACCCCUCCCCCGUUCCUGCUCCUGCUGGGAGUGACCCCAGGACACCCUCCAUGCCAGCUCCUGUGCCCCCUCCGAGGACUGAGCCGCUUGAGACCCGCUCCCUCUGGUGUCAGCUCUGGUUUCCUGUGGCUCAUCCCUCCGCCUGCCAGCUGCCCUGCCCCCACUGCAUUAUUGAUUCUUGCUGGCCCUGGGCAGGGAAGAUCAGCGGCCUGCUUUCCUCUCCGCUUUAUUAACUCUCCCUGGUGUCUGCUUAUGGGGCUCAUCCUCAGUGUCAUUUGGGAGGGGAGGGAAAAGGAGAGGGAAAAACAAAGUGUAAGGCCUGCGGGCGAUUUUUGCUGCUCUGAUUCUAAAUGAACAACAUAUAAUGAGAUACAGUGAGGAGAAAUCAUCCCGGAACCAGGGAGAUGGUCGUUCUUGGAGGCGAGAGCACCUCCGGGUGUCGGCAGGCUUUGGACCGAAGAGGACGACGGAGGCCCGCGUGCAAUCUCAGCUCCUGGCCUGGAGAGAACCGCAGGAGAAGCUGGGCCCAGUGUCCUCACACUCAGGGGAGUCACCCCUGCAGCCCGGAGCCGGUGGCAUCAUCGGUAGCAGCAAGUUAGAGCGACGGCUUCAAGAACAAGCGGGCGCCCUCUGUCCACCCCACGGGGGGGACACACACCCCACAGACCCCCCAGCUUCCACACCCGUGCCUCCUCCCAGCCUUUUCUGGGUCCGCUGCUUUCCAGGCCCAUGAUCUCCUCACUGGAGCAGACUCUUCUUCGCCGGCCACGCCGGGGUUAGGCAGGCCCCUGGAAACAGCAGGGCCCCCGGGCCCCCUUCUACCAUGGAGCACCCUGAGCCCCCAGCCGGCGGUGAAGCCGGGACUGCAGGACUAGUGAGCCCUGAAAACCACGAGGCUCUGUCAGAACUAGAUAAACCCCCUCAGGACACCGACGCCAGAGAGGCUGCUGGGGCCAGAGACCAGGAGCCGGCAGAACCUGCUUCGCUGCCCGCGGGGAGCCAGGUUGGUCUCGAGGCCCUGCCACUGGAUGCUCCCACAAGCCAGGACGGGCCCACCCGUGAGGCCGCCCCGGAGGAGGAGCUGUUGGGGGUGAGCCCCAGGCCCCAGGAGCUCCCCCAGUCCCCUAGGGCUCAGCAGCCCGAGCAAGAUUUCUACUGUGUCAAGUGGAUCCCCUGGAAGGGCCAGCGGACGCCCAUCAUCCUGCAGAGCGCCAACGGCCCCUGCCCGCUGCUCGCCAUCAUCAACAUCCUCUUUCUUCAGUGGAAGGUGAAGCUGCCCCCCCAGAAGGAGGUGAUCACGUCAGAGGAGCUCAUGGCCCAUCUUGGGGACUGCCUCCUGAACAUCAAGCCCCAGGAGAAGUCAGAGGGACUUCAGCUUAAUUUUCAGCAGAACGUGGACGACGCAAUGACAGUGCUGCCCAAGCUGGCCACAGGCCUGGAUGUCAACGUGAGAUUCACGGGCGUCUCGGACUUCGAGUACACGCCCGAGUGCAGCAUCUUCGACCUGCUGGGCAUCCCCCUGUACCACGGCUGGCUCGUUGACCCCCAGAGCCCUGAGGCGGUGGGCGCAGUAGGGAAACUGAGUUAUAACCAGCUGGUGGAGAAGAUCAUCACCUGCAAGCACUCCAGCGACACCAACCUCGUGACAGAAGGUCUGAUCGCCGAGCAGUUCCUGGAGACCACCGCGGCCCAGCUUACCUACCACGGCCUGUGUGAGCUGACAGCGGCCGCCAAGGAGGGGGAGCUUAGUGUCUUUUUCCGAAACAACCACUUCAGCACCAUGACUAAGCACAAGAGUCACUUGUACCUGCUGGUCACAGACCAGGGCUUCCUGCAGGAGGAGCAGGUGGUGUGGGAGAGCUUGCACAACGUGGACGGAGACAGCUGCUUCUGCGACUCCGACUUCCACCUCAGUCACUCCCCGGGCAAGGUGCAGGGAGCGGAGGGUGCGGCUGGCUCCCCAGAAAAGCAGCGGCAGGUCGACCAGGACUACCUGCUCGCCUUGUCCCUGCAGCAGCAGCCACAGGGCGCCUCGGGACUGAGCGACCUGGAGCUGGCCCAGCAGCUUCAGCAGGAGGAGUACCAGCAGCAGCACGCUGGCCAGCUGGCCCCCGCGCGGGCGCGACCGAUUGUUAAAUCCCUCCAGGGGAGAGGAGCGGCAGCUGGACGCCCAGCGGGGGAGCGUCGGCAGAAGCCCAAGCAGGAGUCCGACUGUGUCCUCCUAUAGCCGGCCAGCCCCGGCCUCGGCCUCUUUCUACAGCAGCUGCAGCUACUUUGCUUGCUCCCCAGCUCGGCCCUGAGACUCUCGAGACUCUCUCGCAGGGUAACUUAUUUGUGAACUGCUGGGGAUGGAGUGGGCACCAGAUGCCAAGGUCAGAGCAGGGAUGUCCUCGCCCUCAAGUGCUGCUGCGGCCUCUUCCUCCAGGCUUGGGGUUGGUGGGGGAGGCUCGCAGGUUCCCAACUCCCUUUCCCUGGACUAGCCACACUAAUAUCAGGCUCAGGCUGCGGCCUGGCCCCGCUAGACCGCACCACCUGCCUUCGCCCGCUGGCCGACUGCCAUCAGCCCCACCGUCCAGUGGGCCCCCGCCCCCCCCCCUUUGGUCGGGGGUUUGAUUUAGGUUUCUAGCCCCAUUAUUUGUAAUGCCUUCCUGGGGGUUUGGAAAUAAAACUUCUUUCCUGAGAACUGUUGUUUGCCUUCGC